UGGAAGAUAAUCUAUGCAAGAGAGGAUCAGUCAUUUCAAGAACCUCCUCGGUCGGAGUCUCUUCUAGAAUCUUUUAUUAUUACCAUCAUCGGGGUCUCGACGGUGGUGUUCCAUUCAAGUGGGAGAUGCAGCCAGGAACGCCGAUCAAUCCCCAGCCGGAAGAAAUAGUUCCUCCGCUUACUCCUCCUCCGGCGCUUCUCAGCCGUAGCCUCACUAAACCCUCCUUCGGAGAAUCUAAUAAACAUUCUCUUUUUCCGGCGAAUCUUAAGCUUUGGAAAUGGAAGAAUCUUCGUAAUAGAUAUUUCUCUAAAUGGUCAAGCCAAAGCAUGCUUAGUCGAGACUAUAAGAAUGCUCGUCACGUUGAUUCGAGCUCUUUCGGUGAAUCAGAGAGAGUUGAGGAGUCUGAGGAUUACAGGUCGAGCUCUUCUUCUUCUUCUUCAUCGUCAUCUUCCUCAAAAGAUCGAAGAUUGGUCAAGGCAUCACCACGCCAAUGAUACCCAUGAGAAUCAAAGCAGUGAGAGUGAGAGAGAGAAAGUAGAUCUGCCUUUGAGUCUGGCGUACGGCCGGCGCGUGAGCGAGCGUGCCGUCGCCGGAGCCCUUCGUUCUUCCGAUAGAGAUAAUCCUCCUGCUUCUCUUUCGCCUUCUCUUCAUGGCCGUCUUGUCGGAGCUUUGGUCCAGUCCCAAUCCGCCGUCGACAACUCGGGGAGUGAACCGUCAUCAUUGGUGGCGCUGCGGCUGGAGUAA